GGUAAAAGCGAAACUACAACCUAAGGAACAGUUCUCAGAACACGUCUUUCACUAAAGAGAAACAGACACAAACUGAGAAGUGUCAUGCUUAAUUAAAGGUUUCCUCUCAUCAGAAUCAUAUUUAAGAUGGAUGAAUGCGAAUAUCCUUUGUACUUUGAAGCUAAAGAUCUGACGGACACCGAGAGGGGGAAGAUCAGGAGAUACUUUCAAAAAAAGAGAGACUCUGGAGGAGGUGACUGUGGGACAAUUGAAAACGUUGGAGGAAAAACCUAUAAAAUUUGUUUCAAGGAAAAAGAAGUCCAGGAAAGGGUUUUGCAGAGGAAGCUUCACAAUAUCACCCUUCCAUCUGGAAAAAUACAUCUGCUUGUGAGUUCCAGUUCGCCACAGAACCCUGAUCAGUUGUCCACUAGUCAAUCACAGACAUGUGCAAAAGCCCUUCAGAAGACUUGCAAGUCAGAUAUUUUCCUUCUGUAUUUCCUGAGAGACAACUACAAAGCAAAUGAAGUAUUACAGAAACAGUUCUCUGCUAUAGGCUGCACAGUGGAGCUCAAUCUAGAUGAAAAGCAGGCAGUAGUUAGGGGGGAUAUUCAGAAGAAGCCUGGAGAUCUCCCUUUCAGUACUGCAACGCAAUGGGAGGAACAAGUGGAUCGAGCCUUUAGAAGUAUUACUGAGAGCUACAUCUGCCAUAAAGUGGACCAGCCGACACAGAUGAAAAUUGUAUUGCAUGAUCCCUCCUUCGCAGCUGAUGAUAUCAAGGUGUAUACAGAGAAAGGUUAUGCUGUGAUUGUGGGAGAGAGUGAGGCUGUAAGUGAGAAGAUUGCAAUCUUAGAAAAGAGUCUGCCAACCAGGAAGGAGUUACCAAUUGUUGAGAAGCAGUUCAAACUAGUAGAAGAAAAGUUUCUUCAAGAAAUGCAUACACUUUGCCCAGAGAUAACAGUCUACAGAUACAAUGUCAUGAUUAUCUUGGAGGGCCCUGAGAAGGAGGUGCAGUCAGGUAAUAUAAAACUUAAUGAACUGAUCAAAAGCAUAAUGGAAAAGAGAGUUAAGCUGUGUACACCUUUACUUACCUUCAUAAAGUCCAGCGGUGCCAUCUCCAAGUACCAGGCUCGCUUCCAGUGGAGCCUCAGAAAUCCUGUUGCCCUAGAGGUAGGGUCAGACCUGAUUUUAUCCAGUUUAUCGUCUGAUGCUCUGGAUGAGGCUGAGACAACCCUGCAGAGAGAAUUGAGUCUGGCCAAUGUGCAUCUGCAAGGAGCUGCAGAUCUUGACAGAGUGAAAGAAAUCAUGACCAAAGCCAAGAAUGAGGAAAACUGUCAAGGACUCAGAGUGGAAGUCAGCUUUAUCCCAGGUGGAUCUGCAAUGACCAAGGUACAACUGGUGGGCUACAGUGAGAAUGUGAACAAGCUCAAACAGAUUCUGUAUGACUAUCAGAUGAACCAAGCUGUGACACAAGAAGAGCUGAGGCUACCAUAUUUUCACCUGGUUGACUGUUUUGAUAAAUUCUUAAACAUGAUAGAUGUCAAGCGUACAAAGGUGACCCUAAAAGCCUCCCUUUCCCCAUACCCUCGUGUGCUUUUGUCUGGCCCCCGCUGUCUGGUCCAAGAAGUUCAAGCAAGCUUAAACGCAACUCUAGCUAGUCUGACGUCAGACACUCUGGUUCUAGAUGGACCAGGGGCUCAGCGGUACUUCCAAGCAGAGGGUGAAGUGGGCAAGGAUUUGGUAGAGACCUCCUGUCAGGUCCUCAUCAGGGAACAACGUGCGCCAUCCCCUUACGUGAAAACUGAAAGCAUCAGCAGCCCCAGCAGGCUCACACAAAGACCUUAUACCACUAGAGGUCACUGCAACACUGUUGGCAACUCUGCAGUCAACAACAAGAACCUGGAGAUCAAACUUGGCAGUUUGGUGAAUGAGCAGGUGAAUGUGUUGGUGGUCCCCAUGCUCAACAGGCGGCUCAGUUCUACCAAAAUUGGAAAAUGUCUGUUGGAGAAAGCAGGAAAUGCACUCCAGUCAAAGUUCAAUGCGAUGGCAGAAAGUUGUACUCUCAACCCUGGUGAUGUUCUGCAGGUUGACACGCCUCCAACUCUGGGAUCCUCCAAGCUCUUCUUCAUUGAAUGCUUGCCAUGGGAUGGAGUCAGAGGGCAGAGUGUGCAGGCACUUAGCAGUGGGCUGAAGAGGUGUUUGGAUCUCUGUGUACAGCAGCACUUGCCCUCAGUGGCCUUUCCUAUUAUUGGACCUGGAAUUGUUUUAAAAUACCCAUUGACAGAAGCCAUUCAAGUACUGACUGAGAACAUUCAAGAGUUUGGACGAUCUGCAUCCUGUGGGUGUCUCUCCACCAUCCACAUUGUCAUUAAACCAGACUGUCCUGAUACUCAGAAGUGCUACCAUGAUGUCUACAGGCACCUCAGCUCAAAUAUGAGCCAGGGAGGCCAAGCAAUCUUCAGGUCUCUCACCAGUGAUCUGGAUGAUAUCACAAUGACAGUGGGAAGCGGAGUUAAGGUACAGCUGGUGUUUGGUGACAUCACAAACGAGACUACAGAUGUUGUGGUGAACACAACUAACUUCAAAAAUUUUGGCUAUGAUGGUGUGUGCAAAGACAUUUUAACCAUAGCUGGACCAGAGGUGGAGGCUGAACUUAAAGCAGUAAAAGCGAACCAUGGGGACAUUUUUUUAACCCAGCCUGGAUCGCUCCCCUGUGAAGCCAUUUUCCAUGUGUGUGGACAAAGGAACGUGGGCGUCAUUGAACAAUUAGUGUGUCGCAUCAUUGAACAGUGUGAGACAUUUGGAUUCAGGUCUGUAGCCAUUCCUGCCAUUUGUGCUGGAACUGCUGGGUUGGACGCUGGUGUCGUGGCAGGUGCCAUCCUGCGAGGGGUCAAGGCUGGGACGUCGUCCACUUCUCUUUACCGCCUCACUGACAUCCACCUUGUCCUAUUUAAGAUCAAUGUUUUCUUGGCAUUCAAGGAGGAAGCAAUGCAGAUGUAUUCCACUAUAAUGAACAGAGUGCCUCAAUUGCGUCAUGUACAACAACAGCUCCCAUCGUCUUUGAGAGGAGAUCUAAGCAUCCUCCCCACCACCACAAGUCACAAGUCCAUCUUCCUCCUCACGGGUCUCUCCAAAAAGAAUGUUGACGAUGCCAAGACAAAGAUGAAAAGUCUGUAUGAGGCUCAGUGCUCCACUCACACUUUUGAAAAGGAGGAGCUGGCAGGUCUCACCUCUGGAGACAUGGAGGAUCUGAUGCAGCUGGUAGAGACCCACGGUCUUCACAUGCAGAUGGACCAGUCAGGUCAGGGCAGCCUAACAGUGAGUGGGUUAAAAGAUGGGGUCAACAAGGUGAUACAGACGAUCAAUGCCUCUCUGCAUGGUUAUCUCAGAAGAGAGGUGAGAGUCAAGGAGGAGGAGGAUUUGUACAACCGUGUGUCUUGGUGCAUCCUGGGACAUAACGGCAAUUGGGAGAGAGUCCCUAAAACAGCCAAUCACAGCCUAGAAAAUAAGGAUAUAGCAGGAGGGAUAGAGGACGCACAGGGCAUCACAUGGAGUGUGGAUCUUCAGACGUUGGAGGCCACAAGACGAGUAGGUGGACAGACGGCGAAGCUGAAACGACUUGUGAAUCGGCCCGACUUCACUUUCCCUCUAUACUGGGACAACAUGGCUGACGAUGAAGAUUUUAAGGUGUUUGUGCUAGAGCCUUCCUCUUCAGAGUACCGGACAGUGAAGGAGGCCUUCAAACGAACUGCCAAGAUGACUGUAAUAAAGAUCGAGCGUGUGCAGAAUGUCCAUCUGCGACGCGCCUAUGAUGUGCGGAAGAAGCACAUUUCUGACAAAAACAGAGAGGAGGGAGGAGCAGGUGAAAAGUUUCUGUAUCACGGGACAACUCAGGACAACUGUGACUCCAUCAUGAAAACUGGGUUCAACAGGAGCUUUGCUGGCCAGAACGCGACUUCAUAUGGUCUCGGAACCUACUUUGCCAUAAAUGCCCGCUACUCUGCCAGACCCACCUACUCCAAGCCAGCAGCUGAUGGUUCUCAGUUAAUGUUCGUUGCCCGAGUCCUGACUGGCAUUUACACGCUGGGCAACAGUGACAUGAAGGUUCCUCCACCUCGCAGUAGCCAGCAGCCCCACGACCAUUACGACAGUGUGGUGGACAAAUUAGACAAACCCAAUAUGCACGUUGUGUUCCAUGAUAACCAAGCGUACCCAGACUACCUCAUCACCUUCAAGUGACAAUGAGUGAUGUGGACGGAGGGUACAGAAGAGGUCUUAUAAAAUGGACCUAUUACCUUAAAGAAGACCAAUGCUGCGUCAUUAACCUCGUCUUAACCUAUAAUGACGUGUUUCUUGAUUAUAUUGCAUAUAGUGUUCACAAACUGCCAGCCCGAGCUCAGGUUGCGACACUCGGCCUAUGAAGGUACACAUGAAGUACACAUGUAUGUUUGUUUUUUAUGUGACUUGUGUUUUUUAAUUUUGGUACGGAUGCAACUUGAAAUGUAGCUAUUUUAAACACUUGAAAUAAAAACAGGGUAAUAAUAAGUUAAAAAUUUAGAAAAAUGUUCAAAAAAGUAAUGAGCAAUAAUGUAACUGUAAAGGUAAUUCCUUUAUGAACAAGUAUGUUGUACUGUUGCACUUUUUCUUUUUAGAUUACAAGACGCAUUGUUUUUGUGUUAAUUAUUAGUUUUUGUCAUUGAGGAAUUAGAUCAGAUUUUGACUUAGUUUUGGAAUUCAUGACUUUAUUACCAAUCUGAACAUGAAUGAAAAUAAUGUUAAGGAUUGUACUUUCA